UCCACUCUCUCUCUCUCUCUCUCACACUCUCACACACACACACACACACACACACAGCGGACAGGCAGGAAGCCGGGCACUGACAGCAGCUCCCAUCACAUCGCUCCACACCAUGAACCUGCUCAUAUGACCGCGGAGGAGAGGACGAGGACAUGAAGGCAAACAGCGACUAGAGCCGCUGACACUCUUCACGUAACCGCGUGCUGGGAGUGAAGAUUAAAAAGACGAGGGAGAGGAGCACGUUAAUGUGAAGUGAGCGCCCAGAUAACUGCUGCCACUCUGCAAAACCAAACUGGAAAGUUUGCACGUUUGGAUUCUUUGCUUUGGAUGCUGAUCAGCGGUUUCAUUCAAAAAGGAGCACAGACCCUGAACUGAUUUAUCUGCCGUAGAACCAGGACGGAUAAACUCUGUACCCUGGACGACCCACACUUCUCUUAUAUGGAGCAGCUUCCCAAAACAUCUGGAGUUUAGGGCUGAUCCGUACACGCUGGUGGAAGUCUAAGAACUUAAAAAGAUUACUGACUGGAUGACGUGGUGGCGGCUUCUCUACUCAGCAGGCUGGGAGUGGCAUUAAAAUGCCUGAACUGCAUCACUUUCCCCCCGUGAGAGAGAACAGUGUCCCUGAACUGGGUUUAAAUGAACCGGCAAACCCAGCUCAGAUUCAGCACAGCAUCCUGGAGGAGCAGGUGGAGCUGUGGUGGUUCAGGGAUCCCGGGAAGUCCCUGCUCUGCUACUGUGUGUCUGUGCUUCUCAUCCUGGGCUGUGGGCUGGGCGGAGUUGGACUUCUCUCCACCACCACGAGUGUCUCGAGUGAAUGGCGGCUGGGCGUGGGCACGGCCCUCUGCCUGCUCGCCCUGGGAGUCCUGCUCAAACAGCUGCUGAGCUCGGCCGUGCAGGACAUGAACUGCAUUCGGAGCCGGCAGCGAAUUGACAUGCUAAAAAGCGGCGGUUUAUCCGACCUCCUUGUGGUUUUCAUUACUGGCCUGUCGCUGUUAAUUUGUGGAGGGGUCCUGCUGCAUCUGGCCCUGGCUAACCACAUGCCCAAGCCCGGUCAAGCCCUUAAUGACAUGUACAUCUCUGGAGUGGUUUUGCUGGCAGGAGGGGGGGCCGCAGUCGUGGGUGUCGGGAUUUACUCCGUUGUGAUUAUCCUGCUGGAGAGAACGAGACACGGACGGCGGUUGGUGGACCGGGUUUGGAAUAUUUUCACCGUUUCCGGGCGCAUGGAGCACCAGGCUCGCAGAGAGACUACGUCCAGUCUGGCUAAUCUCAUAUGAGACGUAACCAGAUUAAGACUGUGUAUGUUUGCCUCAUGCUCGUGUUAAAUUAAUCACAGCCAUGACUUAUGUUAGAGUUUUAGGGACACAUGUA